AUGACACACGUGAUAUUUUGGCCUGACUGUCCAGGCACCACUUUUUCCUGGGAAAAAAACCCCCAAUUUCGUCCCCAUCAGCGCCCCAUUUCCCCCCACAACGGCGCUAUCGCAGUCGCGUCCUUAAUACUUGUCUUUCAUUACUACUUGUCUUUCUUUUCUGUCUUUUGCGUUUUACACUUCACAAUCAGCAUGGGUAUUCCGAUGUGGCGUGAGCCUGCGAAGGCUGAGGCAAACAAGACCACAUUAGAAAAAGAUCCCACUGCCGCUGCCCGCUCAUCUAUUGGCCGCCGAGGACGUGCUUAUCGUUCGCGUCGCUCCGGUUUGCUGUCUUCCUUUCACUCCCAGAUCAUUGAUGAACUCCGAGGCGGUGGUUCGGGUAAUCAGACCAGCGUGGAUCGGUUCCCUGUUCGAUCGCCCAUUUUGGCCAAUGGCACCAGUGAAGAUGGAAUGACACUGGAGGAAAGCCGACGUGAAGCAUGGACCCGGGCUCCACCGCCGCGCCAGCGACGCAGUGAAUCAUCCAACCGAGAAUCAUCCAACCGACAGAACAGAAGUACUCGCGAUACGCUCCUGAACAAUCUACUCGCUAGCUAUGCACCUCCCAGCGGGACCUCGGGCUCGGGCUCCUCCAACCCACCUGCAUACACUUCCACUCAAGCAUACUGGGGUCUUCCCUCGUCCAACAACUCCGACUCCCCGUCCUAUGGUGUUCGUCUUCCUCCCCUACGUCGGACAGACAGCUAUGGAACCGAACUGGCGAGAUUCCUGCAGGCAAAUAUGCCACCCGAAGUGCGCGACUCCCCAGCCAACUCUGAUGGUCCAACAUGGGGACGAUUGAGGCUCGAUGGGACCACGGGCCUAGGCGACCGUCAACGUAGCCCAAGCCCUGAUGGAGAACGGGAAACAGAUGCCUGGGAGACUUUGCUGUCCACAAUCACACCCGAUGCAACCCUCCCCUCAACCGACUCCUCGUUUGCCUCCAAUUCUGCUUCCGCUCCCGCGUCCGACACGCGCAGGCUCAUUUUCCCAGUGCCUCCACCAGGCAUCUCCAGAAAUGGAACACUUGAACCCUACCCGGAUAAUCUUAACCCUUGUGAUUUUUCUUCCUCGGAUGACGAGGAUGCUCCAAGCAACCCCCGGUACGCACGGUUGCGAGGGAAUAGCGCACGUGAGCGUGAACGCGAACGUGAACGUGAACGCCGACGUCGAGACCGCAACUCCACCUUGAGCGCUCACCCUCCCCUUCCCAAUAUCGCCCACACAAUCUCUGAUCACUAUCGUCAAAGCGACGAGAUCCAGCAAAUGCAGGUCAUCCUGGAUCGACUCGCCAGUCGGGAGGAUGUUCCUGACAACUGGUGGGCGGCAGUUGGAGUUACACCGACCCUCAACCGGGGCCUCAGUGACAGUCUGGAUUCCACUGAUAACGAGGGCCCUUCUCGGCCACCUCAAGACAUGUAG